AUGGCUGAAGUUAAGAAACAAGCUACUUUUAAUUCUAUGGUUGAAGGCACUGAAGCAGACUGGGCUGCAAUCGCCGCACACUCUGCUCCAUUCAGUGCCAAACUCCCCGACCGUGUUUUGGCCCACUUGGCUCUCCUAGAGGGAGAUUACGGUGGAUUCCCAGUCGACCGUCUCGAACACAGCUUGCAGACUGCUACCCGUGCCUGGGAAGACGGCAAAGAUGAAGAAUACGUUGUCUGUGCUCUCUUGCACGAUAUCGGUGACACCCUUGGAUCAUUCAACCACCCUGACAUUGCUGCUGCCAUCUUGAAGCCUUUUGUCAGCGAGGAAAACCUGUUCAUAGUUGAGAAACACGGUGAAUUCCAAGGCUACUACUUCUUCCACUACCUUGGUCUUGACCGCAACAUGCGUGACAAGUACAAGGACCACCCAUUCUACUUGAAGACUGUUGAAUUCUGUUUCAAAUACGAUCAACAAGCUUUUGACCCCAAAUACAAGAGCAAGCCACUAUCCUUCUUCGAGCCAAUGGUUCGACGAAUUUUGAGCUCUGACCAUGUCGUCAGAUCCAUCUACAAACGCCGCCCUGAGGGUGUUCAGGCCUCUGCUUCCGCCAAGCUUUAA